AUGGAUUACACAGAAGCAGGUCUCCUCCACGUAGGAGUAGGUCACCUUCUAGAAGCAGAAGCCCUGAAGGAGGAGGAAAUUAGAAAGCAUCAACAUCAUCACCCUAUUCCCAUGGUAGAGCUGAUUCCAAAAGCCCUUUGCAGCGUUCUGAUUCCAUUACCAAUGGGGUUGAUGAGUACUAGUCAUUUGGAACAAGAAGCUGCAGUACUUGCUUUGUCAACUUUGAUGACCAUAGCUCCUGCAGAAGUUUAUGCAGAAUUUGAAAAGGUCGUAUAA